AAUUUAUUUUUCUCUCAUUUUAGGUGAAUCUAAACAUAAUUCGAAGGUGUGUUCUUUUGAACUACAACCCCAAUGAAAACACCAUUGACUUCAGGCAUUACACCAUCAAGGUAGCACCUUGUGGAAUGAGUAAAGCUGUGAAGAAACUAAUUCAAAGUAAAAUUCCUGACUUAAGUCAGUACAGAGAUGUCAGUGAGUUUAUUAUGAAGUCAGGAAAUUUGUCUGAAAGUGAGGCUGAAGUAGAUGGUCCAGAAAACCAAGUCAUACUCCCACAGAAUAUUUCCAGUCGUGGAAACAUUGCAUCUCAUAAAAGUUCACUAAGGUUAAUAGAGCUUGGUCCUCGUUUAAAACUGCAGUUGAUUAAAAUAGAAGAAGGCUUAAUGGAAGGAGAAAUCUUAUUUCAUGAGCUGGUGGAAAAAUCUCAAGAAGAAAUUAAGAUUCUGAGAGCAGCAAAAGAACGAAAAAGGAAAAUCAAAGAAAAACGAAGGAAACAACAAGAACAGAACAAAAGGAGAAAGGAGGACAUAAAAAAUGAACAUAAAGAACAUUCACUUGCUGGAAUUAAAAGAAAACAAGAACUGGAGAAACAAGUUGAAAAUUAUGAUGAAAAAGAUGAAGAUAAGCAAUGGUUUAUUCAGGAAGUAGGAGAAGAACCUGAUCCUGAUUUGUUUAUUUCUAAAAAGAAAAAAAGAUUAUGUUAGGACUUAAAAUAAAAGUUGUUUUUUUAUCAGUGAGACUGACUAUAUGUAUGCAUACUUGUUCUGCUGCAUAUUUUGUACAUACUUUUUCUACAGCAUUCUAACCAGAAUUAUUGCUAAUGGCCCAAAUAAAAACAUUGGAGAAAGUAUAUGACCAGCAUGUAUCUAACCAGUAAGUUUUAUCACACACAAACUGAAUGCCAAUCAUAUGAUGGAAAAUAAUGAUUAAUUCUCCUUCUCAAAAUUAUAUCUCAAUAAAUGUUUUAUGAACAUUUUUUCUAAAAAUUAAUUAUAAUCUAGUAACUAUAUGUAUGGAGAUUGACUAUUCUAUUUCUAGUAUUUCAAGAAACCUUUUUUUUAUGGAUAUUUGGUCAUCUCUUUUAAGUAUUGCUUGAUUAGCAUUUUGACUUCUGUAAAUUUUUAAGUUAUGUUCUUGGUAAAUCCUUAUAGGUUGAAACGUGAAGAAAGUGAUUCUCAAAGACAUAUUUCUACUUGGUAAACUGUAUGACCUGGCAAAUUAUUAAUGUGAUAUUAAAGGCGGUGAAUCGUA